CGCGGAUGCGGAGGGGCGGAGGAGGAGGAGGAGGAGGAGGGCCAGGGCUGGGGGCACCCGGCGGCGCGGGGCCGCGGUCGGGAGCGGCGGCGCCUGCGUGGAGCGGCCGGAGCAGCGGCGUGCGGAGGGGCAGCCGCGUCCCGUCCCGUCGUGUCCUGUCCCGUCCGGUCCCGUCCCGUCCUGCCGCCCGCCAUGGGCCGCCUCCCGCUGUACCUCUGCUGCUGCUGCCUCGCGCUGUGGCCCGCGGCGGCGCAGGAGCCCGAGUACAGCUAUGGCUGCGCCGAGGGCAGCUGCUACCCCGCCACCGGCGACCUGCUCAUCGGCCGCGCCGCCCGCCUCUCCGCCUCCUCCACCUGCGGCCUCCGCCAGCCCGAGCCCUACUGCAUCGUCAGCCACCUCCAGGAGGACAAAAAAUGUUUCAUAUGUGAUUCGGAGGAUCCCUUCCACGAUACUCUCAAUCCCGACAGUCAUCGCAUUGAAAAUGUUGUCACCACGUUUGAUCCCAAUCGCCUGAAGCUCUGGUGGCAGUCGGAAAAUGGUUUGGAAAACGUAACUAUCCAGCUGGACCUGGAGGCUGAGUUUCAUUUCACUCAUCUCAUUAUGACCUUCAAGACAUUCCGUCCUGCUGCAAUGUUGAUUGAAAGAUCGUCUGACUUUGGACAGACUUGGCACGUUUACAGGUAUUUUGCAUAUGACUGUGAGAGCUCAUUUCCUGGGAUUUCAACUGGACCCAUGAAGAAAGUGGAUGAUAUAAUCUGUGAUUCCCGAUACUCUGACAUUGAACCUUCAACAGAGGGAGAGGUGAUAUAUCGUGUUCUAGAUCCUGCUUUUCGAAUUGAAGAUCCAUACAGUCCAAGGAUUCAGAACCUAUUGAAGAUCACAAAUCUGAGAGUCAAAUUUGUCAAGCUGCACACGCUGGGAGAUAACCUGUUGGACUCCAGGAUGGAGAUCCGAGAGAAGUACUACUAUGCCAUCUACGACAUGGUGGUCCGCGGGAACUGCUUCUGCUACGGGCACGCCAGCGAGUGCGCGCCCGUGGAGGGCUUGGACGAGGAGGUGGAAGGAAUGGUUCAUGGUCACUGCAUGUGCAGACAUAAUACCAAAGGAUUAAACUGUGAGCAGUGUUUGGAUUUCUACCAUGACUUACCCUGGCGCCCCGCUGAAGGUCGCAACAGUAACGCAUGCAAAAAGUGCAACUGCAAUGGCCACUCCAGCCAGUGCCACUUCGACAUGGCCGUGUACAUGACGACGGGGAACACCAGCGGGGGAGUGUGUGACGAGUGCCAGCACAACACCAUGGGACGCAACUGCGAGCAGUGCAAGCCCUUCUACUUCCAGCACCCGGAGAGGGACCUGCGGGACCCCGACGUCUGUGAGCCUUGCAACUGUGACCCAGCUGGCUCCCAGAAUGGUGGGAUCUGCGACCGCUACACUGAUUUCUCCACCGGCCUCAUUGCUGGACAGUGCCGUUGUAAAUUAUUUGUCGAGGGGGAGCGUUGUGACCUCUGCAAAGAAGGUUUCUAUGGCCUGAGUGCUGAUGACCCAGCGGGCUGUCAGUCUUGUGCGUGUAAUCCUCUGGGUACCCACCCUGGGGGCAAUCCUUGUGAUUCGGAGACAGGAAACUGCUAUUGUAAGCGUCUGGUGACAGGAAAGCAGUGCAAUCAAUGUCUGCCCGAGCACUGGGGCCUGAGCAAUGACAUGGACGGGUGUCGGCCCUGCGACUGCGACCAGGGGGGAGCGCUGAACAACAACUGCUCGAGUGAAUCUGGCCAGUGUGAAUGCCGGCCCCACAUGUUUGGACGUCAGUGCAACCAGGUGGAGCCUGGCUAUUACUUCAUUUCACUUGAUCAUUACAUCUACGAGGCAGAGGAAGCCAACUUGGGUCCUGGAGUGAGCAUAAUAGAGCGCCAGUACACGCCAGACCGCACACCGUCGUGGACAGGCAUAGGAUUUGUGAGGGUCCCUGAGGGGGCCUACCUGGAGUUCCACAUUGACAACAUCCCCUACUCCAUGGAGUAUGAUGUUCUGAUCCGCUACGAGCCGCAGUUGCCUGAUCAGUGGGAAAAAGCUGUGAUCAGUGUCUCACGCCCAGGCAAGAUUCCCACAGGUAGUCGGUGUGGCAACACAGUUCCUGAUGACGAUAAUCAAGUGGUUUCACUGUCACCUGGAUCCAGAUACGUUGUUCUCCCGCGGCCCGUGUGCUUCGAGAAGGGGCUGAAUUACACCAUCCGCCUGGAGCUGGCCCAGUACUCCUCAGUGGAUACAGAGACUGAGAACCCGUACACACUCAUUGACUCUCUUGUUCUCAUGCCAUACUGCAAAUCGCUGGACAUAUUCACAGUGGGAGGCUCAGGCGAAGACGUGGUCACGAACAGCGCUUGGGAAACUUUCCAAAGAUACCGGUGUUUGGAAAACAGCAGGAGUGUUGUGAAAACUCCCAUGACAGAUGUCUGCAAGAACAUAAUAUUCAGCAUUUCUGCUCUACUGCAUGAGACUGCAUUAUCAUGCCAGUGUGACCCGCAGGGCUCCCUGAGUUCAGUGUGUGACCCCAAUGGAGGACAGUGCCAGUGUCGUCCCAACGUUGUUGGAAGACAAUGCGACAGAUGCGCCCCUGGCACCUUUGGCUUUGGGCCAAGUGGAUGCCGACCGUGCGAGUGCCAUGUCCGAGGCUCUUACAACGCCUUCUGUGACGUGGAGACGGGCCAGUGCCACUGCUUCCCUGGGGUGUACGGGCGGCAGUGCGACCGCUGCCUGCCCAGCUUCUGGGGCUUCCCCAGCUGCCAGCCCUGCCACUGCAAUGGCCAUGCUGACGACUGCAACCCCUACACCGGGGAGUGCCUGAGCUGCCGGGACCACACAGCUGGACACAACUGUGAGAGGUGCCAGGCUGGCUACUAUGGAGACCCCAUCCUGGGAUCAGGUGACCACUGCCGCCCCUGCCCUUGCCCUGACGGCCCCGAGAGUGGACGCCAGUUUGCCAGUGGCUGUUACCAGGAUCCAGUCACACUGCAAGUCGUGUGUGUCUGUAGCGUGGGAUACAUAGGCAGUCGAUGUGAUGAAUGUGCGUCUGGCUUCUUUGGGAGCCCCGAUGAGGUCGGUGGCGCCUGCCAGCCGUGCCAGUGCAACAACAACAUCGACACCACUGACCCAGAGGCCUGCGACAAGAGGAGCGGAGCGUGCAUGAAGUGCCUCUAUCAUACCGAGGGUGAAAACUGCCACCUCUGCAGAGAGGGCUACUACGGGAGUGCCCUGCAGCAGGACUGCAGAAAGUGCGUGUGCAACUACCUGGGCACUGUCCGGGAGGACUGCGAGGACUCGGAGAGCUGCCGCUGCGAGGCGGCCACGGGGCAGUGCCGCUGCCUGCCGAACGUGGUGGGGCAGACGUGCGACCGCUGUGCCCCCCACACAUGGCGGCUGGCCAGCGGCACCGGCUGCGAGCACUGCGACUGCGACCCCGCGCGCUCCCUGGGCCCCGCCUGCAACGAGUUCACAGGGCAGUGCCACUGCAUGCCGGGUUUCGGAGGCCGGACCUGCCGGGAGUGCCAGGAGCUCUUCUGGGGUGACCCAGGCGUGGAGUGCUUAGCAUGUGACUGCAACCCUCGUGGCAUCCAGACCCCUCAGUGUGACCGUGCCACUGGGCAGUGCAUCUGCAAUGAAGGCGUGGAAGGGCUGCACUGCGACAAGUGCUCCCGGGGCUACUCAGGCUUCUUCCCUGACUGCGUGCCCUGCCACCAGUGCUUUGCCCUCUGGGAUGUGAUCAUCAGUGAGCUGGCUAAUAGGACCCAGCAGUUCUUGGACAGGGCCAAUACCCUCAAAAUCACUGGAGUCACUGGUCCGUACCAGCAGACGCUCAACACACUGGAGGAGAAGCUCACUGAAAUUAAAACCAUCAUCGCUCAAAAUCCAGCAGCAGAGCCCCUGAAGAACAUUGGCAAUCUCUUUGAGGAAGCAGAAAAGCUGACAGCAGAUGUUACAGUUAAGAUAGCUGACAUAGAAGAAAACCUAUCAGCCUUAUCAGCGAAGAGCAAUAGCACAGACACAGAUCUGAGUGCACUGGAGACAGAUGCCAAAAGUCUCGACCGCGUCGUGAAAGAACUUGCAGAGCAGCUAGAGUUCAUCAAGAUCUCUGAUGUUCGGGGAGCCUUGGACAGUAUCACCAAGUACUUCCAGAUGUCCCUGGAGGCAGAGGAGAGGGUCAAUGCCUCCACUGUUCAUCCCGACAGCGCCGUGGAGCUGUCAGCGCGAACGCGGCAGGAAGUGGAAGACUUAAUCAAUGAGAAGGAGGCCCAGUUCAAGGCUAAACAAGAGGAGCAGUCACGCCUUCUGGAUGAACUCGCUGGAAAGCUGCAGAGCCUGGAUCUCUCUGAGGUGGCUGAGAAGACGUGUGGCACUGCUCCGGGAGCCUCCUGUGCCGAGUCCGAGUGCGGGGGGCUGAGCUGUCGGACAGACGAGGGCAAGAGGAAGUGUGGAGGCCCCGGCUGCGACGGGCUGGUGACCGUAGCUCACAAUGCCUGGCAGAAGGCUAUGGAUUUUGACAGAGACAUCCUCAGUGCGUUAGCAGAAGUUGAGCAACUCUCCAGAAUGGUUUCUGAGGCAAAACAGAGAGCAGAUGAAGCAAAACAAAACGCACAAGCAGUUUUGCUUAAAACCAAUGCUACAAAAGAACAAGUGGACAGAAGCAAUGAAGAUCUGAGAAAUCUUAUUAAACAGAUUAGAGACUUCCUAAUGCAAGACAGUGCUGACCUGGAUAGCAUUGAGGCAGUGGCUAAUGAAGUGCUGAACAUGGAGAUGCCAAGCACUCCCCAGCAGCUGCAGGCCCUGACAGAAGAUAUUCGUGAGCGUGUAGAAAGCCUUUCUGAUGUUGAGGUCAUUCUGCAGCAGAGCGCUGGAGACAUUGCCAGAGCAGAAAUGCUACUGGAGGAAGCUAAAAGAGCGAGCAAAGGUGCAACAGAUGUUAAAGUCACUGCAGACAUGGUGAAAGCAGCACUGGAAGAAGCUGAAAAGGCUCAAAAUGCAGCUGAAAAAGCCAUCAAACAAGCUGAUGAAGAUAUUAAAGGAACUCAAGACUUGCUGACUUCGAUUGAAUCUGAAAAUGCAGCAUCUGCAGAAACGCUGAACAAUGCUACCUUACGUCUGUUUGAGCUAGAGAAGAGUGUUGAAGACCUUAGGCAAAAGGCUGCUACAAAUUCAGGGAAUGUAGGAGAUAUAGAAGACAAAAUUAUUAGUGCAAAACAAAAUGCUGAAGAAGUUCAAAAGGUGCUCAACAACGAGCUGAGUGGCAAGUACAGAACUGUGGAAGAGCUCAUUGCAAGGAAGACUGAGGAGUCGGCCGAGGCCAGGAGGAAAGCAGGCGUGUUGCAAGAUGAAGCUAAAGCUUUGUUGGCUCAAGCAAACAGCAAACUCCAGCUGCUCAAAGAUUUGGAAAAUACAUAUGAAAACAAUCAAAAAGUUCUGGAAGACAAAGCCAAGCAGUUGGUGGAGCUGGAAGAGACAGUUCGCUCCCUCUUACAGACAAUCAGCCAGAAGGUUGCUGUUUAUAGCACUUGCUUAUAAACAGGAGUGGGAAGUGCUUGUGUUCAGGGUGGGUUUUACAAGUAUUAUACUAGUUCUUUUUGACAUUACACUAAGACCUGAUAAGGUGAACAGGUUUUAUAUUGACUUUAAAGCCACAGAACCAAAGAAAAGUAACUUUUUUGAUGUUGAAAAUAAACAGUACUUUUGUAUCACUGUAUGUACCUAGUAUGACUCAUUAAGUUCCUGCCUAUUUUCAGUAGCUGCAAUGGUACAUCAAUUAAUCCUUUAGCAAGUCUUGUUCUUACACUGGUUAGACAUCUAAUAAAAUCUUGGCUUGA